AUGGAAUCAUCGACCAUGGAUGACGAUCCAUUCCAAGUGGUGCAUCAACAACUACAAACAAUCUGCACGAACGGAUUUAACCGGAUGCGAGGUCUGUGGAGCGAAAUGUUUGAUGAUGAAACGUACAUUGACUACACUAAGCGGCUGCCGGAUCAUUUGGUGUCGUUUUUCGAAGAAGUUUACGAUGAAAGCUUUCAGCGAAAACAGCGUUUUAUAGAAGAGAUAGCCCAAUUGAAACAAGAGUCCAUGAAUUUACAGCGGGUGCUCGGUGAGUUGACGGAGUCCGCACCUAAUGACUUGGAGAGCAUGCCGUUGUUACAUCAACGCACGAUGCUUGACGAAAGCCUCGAACACAUGCGAUCGAAGCUCAAGCAACGCUAUGAAAUCAUCGACCAAUACCAGCUAGAGAUGGAAACGCUGUGUGAAGAGCUAUCCGAAGCACCUAGGGUGCUAAGCAAGGACCCUUUGCCUACAGAGCACGAGUUGGUAGACUUUCGGUCGUACUUAGACCACCUGGUAGUGGUAAAGAUGCAACGUUUGGACGAUAUCGCGUUGCUGCGACGCGAUACGAAAAAGCUCAUGGGUCAUCUCGAAAUAAUACCUCUUUCGGACGAGCAAUCACGUCUUCUGAACGCGCGUAAAUUUCCUCCGACUCAAGAGAAUUUGCUAGCAUUACGCCAGCUACACGAGGAAACCGAGAUUCAGUAUGAAAGCCUAAAAGAACACAUUGACGACACACGCCGCAAGCUUGAGCGUCUCUGGCAAUGCCUAGAAAUGGAUCCUGCUGUUGUGAAGAAGUUCCAAAAGCUGACUUCCUACUCGCAGACGACAUUCGAUAAGCUGUUCGCCGAACACGACCGAUGUGAGACUUUGCGGCGAGAGAAUAUGAAAGCAUUCGUUGAGCGUAUCCGUCUGGAGAUCGUCGAAUGGUGGGAGAAGUGUAUGAAAUCAGACGAGGAGCGUGCCCGCUUUAGCACGUUCAACUCGGACGUGUAUAACGAAGAUUUGUUCAAACUCCACGAACUGGAGCUCGAGAGUCUGCAACAGUUCUAUCGUGAAAACGAGGCUACUUUUCAAAUGGUAAAACAGCGGCAGGAGAUGUGGGACCGGAUGCUGGCACUCGAGAACAAAUCCAGCGAUCCAAACCGGUACAAUAACCGUGGGGGCAAGCUACUGGAGGAAGAGAAAGAACGUCGUCGAAUCAGCAGCCAGUUGCCCAAAAUUGAGGCGAAGCUGUUGGAAGCUUGCAAGGCUUACGAAGAGGAACAUGCGCGCAAGUUCACAAUAUAUGGCUCCAGCGUGGAGGAAACGAUCGAACAACAAUGGAAACAGCGUGAGGAAAGCAAACAUUUGAUUUCAAGCGCCCGCAAAAAGGCCAACGGGAUGUUGGGCAUAUCAUCUGUUGGGCGAACACCGGUUCGUAACUGCGGUGAGUCGAUGAUCAAGUCGUCUUCGAUAAUGGGCAGCAAUCGGUCCCGCUUAGCAACCGGUGGGUCGACGUUAAAAACCAUGACUCCGAUGGCAGUGAGUGCUUCCGCCUCUAAAACAGGCUCAUGGCUUAAACGCAAGAUUGCCACACCGACUAGCGCGAUCCAUGCGAAGCGUUCCCUUUUGCGUGAGCUCAACAGUCCGGCGGCUGGUAUGAAUCGGACCGGUGCGAAGCUCCCUUCCGGGAAGAUACCGGCCUUAAAAGUUUACGACAGCAAAGCGAAUGGAUCGAUUGCACAGAAACGACGCUCACGACGGAAAUCACAAGGUAAACGGCGCAGCGUUUCGAUGGUAAAGGUACCAUCGGUGAUUGUCAGCUCGGCAGAGGGAACCAUACUACAGGAAUCGGUUUGUUACGAAAAGAUCGAGAACUUCUUUGAAAACAAUGUUCCCAAUCGAUCGUCGGUGGUGCCGGAAAAGCAGCAGCUGCAUAAGCUUCCCCGUCGUGCGACGCGUUUGAGACACCAUCAGAAGGAGUUAGCGAUGCCGUCGGAGGGCAGCAGCUUCACCGAAGGGGAAGAAAACAUAGUACCACCACAUGAACUGGCCGCGCCAGCACCUGUGCCAAUGAGCUUUUCGCAUUCUCCAGCCGCCUCCUCGACGAUGCUUCGAUCACCCGGUAUCGGAGCCAUCCAUUCGACUUCCAUUGCUUCCACUACUAGGGGCGGUUCAAGGCGGCUGAAGCCGACCGUUAAAAACUGUCCAAUAAUUUUCUAA